GGCCUUAGGGGCGGGGCGUGCAGGUCACGCGGGAGCAGGGCCCGGUGAGGUGGCCUCGGCCCCCAGCCCUGCCGCCAUCGCCGGAUGCGAUGCAUGCCGGGAAGCCUCACUUCCUUGUCGGGGCCACCAGAAAACCACAGGCCAGGCGGCCCCCGGGGAGCCGGCAGGAUGGCAGAGGGCAAGUCUGGCGGCGCCGCGGGCCUCUUUGCCAAGCAGGUGCAGAAGAAGUUCAGCAGGGCCCAGGAGAAGGUACUGCAGAAGCUGGGAAAGGCUGUAGAAACCAAAGAUGAACGGUUUGAACAAAGUGCCAACAACUUCUACCAUCAACAGGCAGAAGGUUACAAGUUAUACAAGGACCUGAAGAACUUUCUUAGUGCAGUCAAAGUGAUGCAUGAAAGUUCAAAAAGAGUAUCAGAAACUCUACAGGAGAUCUACAGUUCCGAGUGGGAAGGUCACGAAGAGCUAGAGGCCAUCGUAGGGAAUAAUGAUCUCCUUUGGGAAGACUAUGAAGAGAAACUAGCUGACCAGGCUUUGAGGACCAUGGAAAACUACGUAGCCCAGUUCAGUGAGAUUAAGGAAAGAAUUGCCAAGAGGGGUCGGAAACUUGUGGACUAUGACAGUGCACGACACCACCUGGAAGCAGUGCAGAACGCCAAGAAGAAAGAUGAGGCCAAGACUGCCAAGGCAGAGGAAGAGUUCAACAAGGCUCAGACUGUGUUUGAAGAUUUGAACCAGGAACUACUAGAAGAAUUGCCUGUUCUCUAUAAUAGUCGAAUUGGCUGUUAUGUGACCAUCUUUCAAAACAUUUCCAACUUGAGGGACGUCUUCUACAAGGAGAUGAGCAAGCUGAACCACAAUCUCUAUGAGGUGAUGAGCAAACUGGACAAGCAACAUUCCAACAAAGUCUUUGUAGUGAAGGGACUGUCAAGUAGCAGCAGGCGCUCUUUAGUCAUCUCUUCCCCAGUUGGAGCUUCUACGGUGUCUAGUCCUCUUAUGUCACCUACCAGUCCUUCUUCACUUUAUCUGAAAAGUGAGAGGGGAUCUAUCUCAGCAAAUGAAGAGCUGGCUCCUGAUCCGGCCCAGGGAGAAGGCAGUGCUGAGAACAAAGAAGAGCCCAUAAGUAAGGAGGAAACAGACGAUGAAGAGUCUGAAGCAAGCUCCUCUUCUGAGGAGGAAGAGUCUCAGCUAACCUGCAAUGGCCUAACCCAGGCCCGACCUGCUCCCAGUCAGAGUAGCGAGUCUCAGGAGGAAGUUCUCCCUGGCUCUCCAGCUCCAUCACCAGGCAGAACCUCGAGCCCUACAGAGCAGCCUUCAUCUCCCCCAGAAGUAAUCCUUCGAAACCGAACCUCAAGUGAAGGUUCUGAACAGCCAAAACAGAAAUCCAUCCAGAGGGCCUCAGCACCCCCAAGUAGGCCUCCUCCACCCAGAACCACUCCCAGCCCCAGGUCUUCCUCAGGGAGCAUACCCACUAGCCCUACAGCCUCUGAAAGGGAUUCACCCAGCAGCCCCACGGCCUUGUUGGGAGCUGAGACUCCAAGUCCUCAGGCCUCCUUAGAGUCUGUUCAUGAUCCACAGCUACCAGAAAAACAAGUAAGAACUCCUAAGGUCAAAGAAAAGGAAAGCACGGACAAUCUGAACCCAGAACUCAGUACUUCGCCUACCUCAGUGAACUCUCAGAACCAAGAUCAUGUCUCUGUGGUUCCAGAAGAAAGUAGCAGCAUAGCACCUGAGCCUCAAGAAGAGGUGUCUACAGUGCAAAAUACAGAGCUCUGAAGAGGAAGUGUCGUGACCUCCCCAUACACACACCUCCCCAGAGAAGCUCCUCAGCUAGUGGAGCUUAAGAUGUAUAGGUCAAAGGGAUGCAAGAUACAGUUUUCAUUUUUAGGUUCUCAAAGUUUGAAAAUUGAUGGUCUCUGAAGGCCUAGCCUUAAUGAGGAAUAGACUGAGGAAUAGACUUAGGGGAGGAAGACAGGAAGAGAGGUAAGCUUGAGAGGAGAAACAGACUCAUGAAACAUUUCGUUCAAUUUUAGUACUGUUAGAAUAAUAGUAAGGCUUUAUAUACAGGCAAGCAUGACUAUAAAAAGCAAAAGCAUCUAUAGGCACAGACACUUGUUCAAGACACAGAUAACUAUGCACACUCCGAAGACAGUGAACAAACCUUUUGCUUACCCACCCAUUUUACAAAAUUUGCAGCCAAAAGCUUAUUUUCAGACUGUUCAAUAAACUAUGACUCAGAUUA